UAAUAUAAUUUACGAUUUGUCACAAUUCUAAACUUGCGAUACGAGAUGCUGAAAUGUUACUAAAUCAAUAAUACAAAAAUUCAGGUUUUGAGGGGCUAUUGAAACAUAACGUCAACACAGAGCGUAUCUCGUGAAAUUAUGAACAUUAUAUCGUAACAGUAAUCUAUCCAUCGCUGCUUGGCAGCCAUCUUACAAGUCUAUCCCCAACCCGUUAAAUAUUUCUCCGAUGCAUAAAAGUAAGUCCCAGGCAGGGAAGCAACUAUAGCGUUUGCGCGGAUCACGUAUAAUCAGAACCGGUGAAGGUAUAAGUGGUGUCAGUCGACUACGAGCGUUGGGGAAAGCGACGUCAUACGAGACGCGGUAUUGCACUGUCGAUAAGUCGUGACUUAAAUCAGCUUAGUUUUCGUAAAGUGUCACAUGAUACUAAAUUACACAUUAGUAUACAACGAGUAAUUCCAGCUGACUCGUCAAAUAAAGUAUAAUAGCAGAAUACGAAACAGUUUCCUACAGUCGAUCUCACGCGAGCCUUUGUAACUUUCGUCGAAUGUCAACUAAACACAAAGAUCAGGGGAAAAUGCAGCCUAAAGGACAAAUAUUGAAUGCAAUUCAUCGACUAAUUGAAUUCAUUGGCAAAUGGAUAUAUACCUUCAUUGCAUUCUUGAAGGGUCCUGCAGAAUCUCAACCUCCUAUAAAGGAUCUAACACUUUUACACAGUGCAACUACUUUAGCAUUAAAAAUUCGAAAUAAACAGUUAACUUCACAAGAAGUGGUACAAUCAUACAUAGAUAGGAUAAAAGAAAUUCAACCAAUACUAAAUUGUGUAGUGGAAGAUCGCUUUGAGGAUGCCCUCAAAGAAGCAAAACUGUGUGAUGAUCUUUUGAAAUCUGAGAAUGCUCCAUCUUCUCAAGUAUUAGCUGAAGAAAAACCCUUCUUUGGAGUGCCUUUCACAACAAAGGACUGUAUUGCAAUUGCUGGAAUGAAACAGACAGCUGGUUUAACCAUUCGUAAGAACAUUGUUUCCGAACGUGACGCAGAAGCGGUUAGAUUAAUGAGGGCUGCUGGUGCCAUCCCUCUGGCUACAACGAACGUGUCAGAAUUAGCCAUGUGGUGGGAAACCUCUAACUGUUUAUAUGGAACUACAAAAAAUCCGUAUAAUACGAGACAUAUUGUCGGAGGUUCCUCUGGUGGUGAAGGUUGUAUACAAGCUGCAGCUGGUUCGCCAUUAGGAAUAGGAUCAGAUAUUGGUGGUUCUAUUCGUAUACCGAGCUACUUCAACGGACUUUUCGGGCACAAACCAUCUACUGGAAUGGUUUCGAACGAUGGCCAAUACCCGAGUGCACAAAGCGAAGACCAAAACAGAUUGCUAUCUAUUGGCCCUAUGUGCAGAUACGCACAAGAUUUACUGCCUACUUUGAAGAUUCUUGCGGACAAGAAUGCAGAUAUGUUGCAUUUGAACGAAAAAGUAGACAUUUCGAAACUUAAGUUUUAUUAUAUGGAAGACGACGGUGGUCAAUAUUUCACGUCUCCAGUUGAUUCAGAGAUAAGAGAAGCCAUGAGAAAGGUAGUUCAAUAUCUGGAGAAAGCUCAUAAAAUUAAAGCGACUAAGAUCCACAUUAAAAAAAUGAAAAAAAGCAUCGCUCUGUGGAUGGCCAAUAUGAGUUGUAAAGACGAAAAAGAUUUUACUUAUGAAUUGUCGAACAGAGUGGGUCAUAUAAAUUUAUGGUGGGAAUUUUUGAAAUGGACACUGUUCCUGAGCAAUCAUACAUUGAUAGCUCUUCUUACUGCCACGUUUGAAAGAUUUGCCGUGAAGCAUGGAAGCGACAAACACACGAAAUUCAUACAAGAAAGUAAAGAACUUUAUCGAGAAUUUCAGGAUAUUUUAGGUGAAGACGGUGUGUUCCUAUACCCAACGCAUCCAACUGCGGCACCAAUGCACUACGAACCGUUGAUUAAACCAUUCAAUUUUUCAUACACUGGAAUUAUUAAUGUUUUGGGCUUACCUGCUACUGCGUGUCCCCUAGGUUUGAACAAACAAGGACUUCCUAUUGGUAUACAGGUUAUUAGUGGCCUACAUCAAGAUCGUUUAACCAUAGCCGUUUGUGAAGAACUAGAACGGGGUUUUGGAGGUUGGGUACCUCCAACUAUUGUAGCUUGAUACGAUACUUGUCGCUUAGACAAUAAUCCUGUGCGUAAUACGAUGCAUAAAGUUUCUUUUUACCAUGCCCUGUUAUUAUCAUUUUUUGAGAACUAACUUACACCUGAUUAAUCGAUAUUAGCCAAUCAUUAAGGUAAAGUACAAAUAUUUAUCCAAAACGCAGAUCUUUCAAAUACUUCGAAAAAAACUGAGAAAGGACUGAGAAGGAACUGAGACACUAAGAGAAACUAAGAAUUCUUACGACUAUACAUAAUAUAAUAAAUACUAAAUUCUUUUUUUUAUCGGUUUAUGUAACCGAUUAUAAACUAAGUCUCGCCGAAUACGCAAAAUUGUGCGUAAUAAAUAUAUACUAUAUGAAUAUAUGAGAUGUGCGUAUAUUUAUAUUUAUAAAUUGAUGUUAAAAAAUUCAUUUUUCUAACAAAAAUCAUGUUGAAGGAAGUAAUAACAUUUGUACAUAAGUAAACUACUACACUGUA